UAGCUGAAGAGGAAAUUAUGCUCCAUUAUUGCUAAUUUACAUAUGGUUAAUAUUGAUCAUGGGAAGCUCUUCGCAGCGACAGUUAUCCUCACAAUAUCAAAGACAGUUAGCGUUAGUUGUUAGUCUACUGUAACGUUUAUUAGUUUUUGAGGACGUCGUUGGGCAACGUUAGGUACGUCUCCCUUUCUUUUCCUCCAAAUGUCACAGAAGGAAGACUCCGAAAAUGACAUUUGGGAGUAUAAACCUCUACAGAAGAAAAAGAAGAGACACGAAUCGCAGCCUGCAACUGUGACUAAAAGAAGAUGUCCUUCCAGAAAAUCCUCCAAGAGAGACACGUCUCUCUCAGUCAAGUCACCUGACAGGAAAGUCAAGACAGCUGAAAAUGGAGAAUUUAGUACUGUUGUUAUUAACAUAGACGGACCUAAUUGUUUGGAGGCACACAAUCUACCAUCACAUUCAUCUCCAACAAAUCACACAGUGCAAACAGACUGUGCGGCUGCCAAGGGACCAUCCUCUGGAGACUUUUGCCCCAUGUGUCAGAUGCCUUUUUCUAUUUUGGUGGUACAGACUCAAAGAUGGCAUGUUGCUGAGUGUCUUGACACCCCCAGGGACACAUGCAAAGAGUGUCCAGAAGGCCUCCAGUGCUCCUCCAUCAUUCCAAACCAUUACAAGAAAUUCAACCAUACGCUCCUGGCCCACAGUCGAGCAAACCGUGACACAGCCCUCCUGAGCUUGUCCCAACAGGCCAAAACCAGCGGCAAGGCCGACUUUAGUUGUCUCCCAGGACUGAUAAACAACGAGCUGGAUAGCUCUAUUUUAGAGACUUCACAGGAUAGCGCUCUCAGUCUUUCAGUCUUUUCCAGUCAGCGUGUCUCCCCUCACAAGAGUCACACUGGAACACCUUCUAAACUUACAAAUGGCCUACUUUUACUGCGCUCACCUGGCCCAGAGGAUUUUAAGAAAAAGAAAGGUUGGUCUUCCUUUACUAAAAGGCAAAAGUCUGUCAGUGCUUCCCAGGAAAGUAGAGCAGAGGUUUCAUCCACUCCUGUCAAGGCAGAGAGUGAACAACAAGCUUGUGAAGGUUUACCCAAGAGUGAACCUUCCCUUGACAACAGCGACGCAAUAUCCUAUUCUCCUCUUUCUGAGUUCCCUGCAGAGACUGAAAUCAAAAUUAGCGGAUGUAGAAAAGCCCUUUUUAAUAACGAUGCAUUUGAAAACAAGGCUGAAGACUCGGUGUUGCUGUUCAGUGACGGAUUCUCAAGCGAAGACGAGCUCCUCACUGAAUUUGUUAAUCAUUUGGAAAACAAUAAUGUGCAGGUAAACGAGCCUGAUUCCUUAAACACCCAGCUGGAGUCAGUUACCUCGUUAUCGCCCACCAGUCAGCUAGAUGCUUUUACAGUUGCUGAAAAUAGAGCUGAUUCCACAGCUGAAAAAGAAGCUCGUAGUAGAUCUACCAGUGCUGUCAGUCCAUGUAUGAGCAGUAUUCAGUCUCCGCAAAGUAUUGUUUUAGAGCACCUCAGAGAAACUCUAAGCUCAAAUAGCCAGCAUUUCAAAAAUUCAAAAAACGCCUGCAGUAGUCAAUCACAGCAACCUCACGCAACUUCUUCUCAAGUGCCUUCAACACAAACCCCUGUUGUCCAAAGAUCUCACACCAUGCCGCCUCAGAAGGGCAGCAGAAAGGCAGGUCAGGCCUCCUGUCUGAAGCAGACGGACAUUGGGGUGUUUUUUGGCCUCAAACCCCUCAAGGAGAAGGAGAAAGAGGCUGAGUGUGGAGCUGAUGAAGUCAGCACCACCUCUAUUCCAACAUUUGGUGAAAACUCAGGACCGAGGCGGCAAAGGAGAGACAGGAAGGACAGGCAAAGGAAAAGUAAGGCUGACACAAAAGCGGACAGCUCACAGGGCACAGUGACUGACAGUAGUAACGUGGUGGAUGCUUUGGGAGAAACAGGGAAAGGUAGGACCAGACGAUGGAGAGGAAGAAGGUGGAACAGAGGGAACGCUGAUGGAGAAGUAGUGUUACCACGUUGUCCCUUCUACAAGAAGAUUCCAGGCACAAAGUUUGUCAUAGAUGCCUUUCAGUACGGAGAGAUUCAGGGAAUCACUGCCUACUUCCUUACACAUUUCCACUCAGACCACUACGGAGGGUUGACCAAGAAUUCCACACUUUCAAUCUACUGUAACAGAAUUACGGGGAACCUGGUGAAGAGCAAGCUGAAGGUGGCAGAGCAGUAUGUCCACAUCCUCCCCAUGAACACCCGGGUCACUGUGGAUGGAAUCACAGUCAUCCUCCUGGACGCCAAUCAUUGUCCAGGAGCUGCCAUGCUGCUGUUCUUCCUGCCCGAUGGACAGACAGUCCUCCACACCGGAGACUUCAGAGCUGAUCCCUCAAUGGAGACCUACCCUGAGUUACUCAGCUGCAGGGUGCAGACGCUCUACCUGGACACCACCUACUGCAGCCCUGAGUACACUUUCCCCAGACAGCAAGAGGCCAUCAACUUUGCAGCUAGCACAGCUUUUGAAUUGGUGACGCUCAAUCCCCGUACACUUGUGGUGUGUGGAUCCUACUCGGUGGGAAAAGAGAAGGUCUUUCUGGCACUGGCAGAGGCCCUGGGGUGUAAAGUGUGCCUCUCUAGAGACAAAUACAACACCAUGUGCUGUCUGGAGUCGGAGCAAGUCUCACAACGUAUUACCACUGACUGGAAGGCAGCCCAGGUCCAUGUGCUUCCCAUGAUGCAGCUCUCCUUCAAAAAACUGCAGGAUCACCUGGCACGCUUUGCAGGACGGUACGAUCGGCUGGUGGCCUUCAAGCCCACAGGCUGGACCUUCAGCCAGCAGGUGAAAUCAGUGGACGAUAUUCAGCCUCAGAUCAGUGGCAACAUCUCCAUCUAUGGAAUCCCAUACAGCGAACACAGCAGCUUUCUGGAGUUGAAGCGUUUUGUCCAGUGGCUCCAGCCCCUCAAGAUCAUCCCUACAGUCAACAAUGGCAGCUGGGAUAGCAGGAAAGCUAUGGAGAAGUGUUUUAGCGAGUGGCUCAAGGAAACCAAAGCUAAACUGUAGCUUAUUUUCUGGUAAACUGUGUUUGCAGCUGGCCUCUAAAUCGCCUCUUUGGUAAUAUGAGCAAUCAAUUGAUACUUAAUACUUGAAAUGCUGUAUGACCAUGGUGAACAACUUUAUUUCAACACUACUCAUUGUAUUAUUUUUAUUGAAGUUUCUUGCCUCAGGCUACUGAGUAAGCAUUCCAAUGCAGAUCAACGAGUUUUUAUGAGGUAGGUGAACAGGAAAUGUAUCUGUCUCAUCCAGAAGUAUUAUACAUUGGCGCUGGAUUAAAUGUAUGUGUUCCUGUCUGCUCUGGCUACUUCCACUGGUAGCCUUGUUUGUCAACAAUGUGCUGCAAGUGCAGCUUUGAUAUGGUGCAAUUUAUUGUAUUUUCUAUGAAAUCUAAAUUAUAUGCUGAAAAAAUAAAUGUUUUUAACAUUCUUAA